AUGCCUCGUCCACCCAUUCACUUCUUCUCCCAUGGCUCAACGAUGAUGCUCGGCGAGGAGUCCGCCUCAGCGACCUACUGGAAACAAUGCGGCGACGAAGCGCUCGCUCACAACAUCAAAGGCAUUGUGAUGAUGGGCGCGCACUGGGACGCCCGGGGCACAAAUCGCAUCGACGUCGCGAUGAAAGCCGACCCCGCAAAGUCACCCGUUGCUUACGUCCACCCCUCAAAAUAUGUCGACUACAAGCUGAACCCCGACCUCAAGACCGGCAAGCGCGUAAUUGACAUGCUGAACGACGCUGGUCUUGAUGCACGGGCUAAUGAAACAUUCGACUGGAUUCAUGAUACAUACUUGAUUCUGGUCAGGAUGUUCCUUGGGGGAUGUCCACCGACUACGAUCGUGAGCAUGAACGCCAGGUUCGAUCCGCACUUGCACGCAAGAGUAGGCAGUGUCGUCGCUAAGCUGAGAGAGGAAAACUACCUCAUUAUCGGAACAGGAGGUGCGGUGCACAACCUCUACCGGAAUCACUGGUGGCAGAUGCUACGGUAUUCGGAUAACUUUGCGAUGCCGGUCCCGCCAGAGGCAGCUAUGUUGGAGUUCAGACAAAGUAUUGAGGACGUCUUCUUGAGGAACUGUAGAGCCGGCAUGAAGCGAGGUGCUCUGGUGAAUGCCGUCACGCGAUUGAUGAAGCAUCCUCAGUACAGAGAUGCGCAUGGGACAGACGAUCACUUUAUGGCUGCUUGUUUUAUAGCUGGUGUUGUAGAUGCUAGCGAAGGUGUCGCUGAUGAUGGGUGUGUUCUCGGGGCUGAAGACUGGGAGUUGGUCAAUAUGUGUAACAGUCAAUUCACUGUAGGGAAGUGGGUGUCGCAGACUGCUUGA